AGCUUAGUGCGGAAGUAGCUCGAUUGCAAACAGAAUUAAACAGCGCUCGACUACAAGAGUUUGAGGCCCAAGAGCAAGCAGCUUUAUCCAAUGCUCGUCUGGAAGAGGAAAGAGAGAUGAGGGAAAAGUGUGAAGAGGUGAUAAAACAACUGACUAUUCACAAAGAGAACAUGGAGAGGGUCUCGAGAAUGGUGUCUGAUGAAGUGGAGGCUCUGAAAAGCCAGUGCGACAGAGAGCGAGAGCACACUAAGAUGAUUAAGUUCGAGGCUGACAGAGUGCAGAAGGAGCGAAAUGUUUUGGCACAUCAGAGUGCACUACUCAUGGCAGAAGUCAGCGAUGACUCCAAUGGGCGGCUUCUCGCUGUACUUCAAGAGGUUGAAACACUGAAGAGACACCUCGAGGAGGAGAAACAGGCGCACAUCGAGCAGAUGCAACUGCUCCAGGAUAAACUCGAGGAGAAAGAAUCCAAUGUGGAGUUUGAGAUCGUCGAGGAGAAGCUCAAGCUCUCAGAAGUCGAGAUAAAUAUGAUGCAGGAGAGGGCGGAGAGGGCUGAGGGCGAAGUGGAGAGGCUUGAGGGUGUGGUCGCUAAAUUGGAGGAGAUGCUGAGUAAGAGUGCACCACCUCCAGCACCACCGAUGCCACCACCACCUCCACCUCCUCCAUUACCUCCGGUUAAUAAUUCUGCUCUGUCUACUGUUAAACUUCUUACCAGGGAACGUGCUCAGGGCGAUUCUAAUCGCAAUUCCGCCAUUUAUGAUAUGGAGAAUAUUCUAGGAAUUACUAAAAAAUCAGCUGCAGUUCCACAACAGCCUGCCAUAGACGACAUAAUAAAUCAGAUAAAAGGAGGAAAAUUUACACUCAAACAAACAGACAAACAACGGGAGCAGGAGAGACGACGAAAACGCGAAAUGGAGAGUGCACCAGCAGCUGUCUCUGAGAUGCUGAAUAUCCUCGGGACAAUGAGACGAAGAGCGAAACCAGUCAGACAGUCUCUCAACUAUCCCGAUGUUUCCACAUGAUUUUUACUCAGCAUUGCAAUUGCAUUAUCACGCAUCAUAAAAAAAUCAUUUCACAAGUAUUACAAAUGCGGCGUAAAAAAUAUCUAUAUAUAGUUAUACAUAUGUACAAAAGAGAACGAAAAAUAAGCAUUCGUUUUUCAGCGUCAAAAUUUUUCGAUAAAUAUUUUUGUGUAUUAAAUGA